CCUGCUGUAGAGGGCCGGGUAGAAGGCUGAAGGGCUCCAGGAAGAAUUCCAAUGUAGGAAUGACUCCUCGGCAGAGGUGUGAAGAACUGGAGGAGAUGACAGGUUGGGAAAGUGAGAUUUGCGAGAUAUGAAGGGAAUAAAGCUACUAUCAGUGCCAGCCCAAAGUGCCGUGCUGAGAGCUGCACCUCUCCGGGUGGGAAGCCGAAGACCUGGAAUGGUGCCCAGCCACCAGCUAAUGUUACAGUAAUGGAUUCCAAAGAAUUGCUUAAGUCGUCGGAUCAAGACGAAACAAGGAAAAAUGUGCUCAUCAGUACCAAAGGAGGGAUCGUGAUGGACUUUCAUCCACCCUUCAGGGGUGGAGCUACUGUACAAGCCCCUGUGUCUACAUCUCCUCUCCCCACGUCUUCUCAGUCGGAUUCCAAUCAGCAACCUGCUUUGGCUGACUUUUCAAAAGGAUUAGUAAACAAUGUGCCUCAGCCAGACCUUUCCAAGGCAGUGUCGCUCUCGAUGGGACUGUACAUGGGUGAAACAGAUGCAAAAGUGAUGGGAAAUGACCUUGGAUUUUCGCAGCAGGGCCAAAUCGGCAUGUCUUCUGGAGAAACGGACUUCAGGCUCCUGGAAGAAAGUAUUGCAAGCUUGAACAAGUCCUCGAGCCUGGCCGAGGACGCAAAGGGAGCAGGAUCUUCUGAGGUGCCGCUUGAGCCGGAUUUCCCAGGCAUGGCUGGCCGCAGCGUCCCUUUAGAGACAGGAACUGCAGUCCAAAGCCAGGUCGGCUCGAAUGGUGGCAACUUGAAGUUAUUCUCUGAAGACCAAAGCACCCUGGAUAUUCUCCAGGAUUUAGAAUUGCCACCGGUAUCACCUGGCAAAGAGCCCAAUGGGAGCCCGUGGAGGCUUGACCCGUUGCUCGAUGAGGGUGGCUUGCUGUCCCCUAUAUCUGCAGAUGAUGCAUUUCUCCUGGAAGGAAACCUCGGUGAAGACUGCAAGCCUCCUGUUUUAUCUGACACUAAACCUAAAAUUAAUGACCGUGGUGACCUUUUACCCAGUUCCAAAAUGCCAAUGCCUCAAGUGAAAACAGAAAAAGAAGACUUCAUUGAACUCUGUACUCCUGGCAUAAAGCAAGAAAACAUGGGCCCAAUUUACUGUCAGGCAAACUUCUCUGGGUCUAAUCUGCUGGGUACUAAAGUCUCUGCCAUUUCUAUCCACGGUGUCAGUACCUCUGGGGGACAAAUGUAUCACUAUGAUUUAAAUACUGCAUCACUCUCUCAGCAGCAGGAUCAGAAACCAAUUUUUAAUAUCAUUCCAUCUCUUCCUGCCAGUUCAGAAAAUUGGAAUAGGUGCCAGGGAUCAGGGGAUGAGACGUUAGCUCCUUUGGGAACGCUCAACCUUUCUGGCAGACCUGCUUUCUCUAAUGGCUAUUCAAGCCCUGGAAUGAGAUCAGAUGUAAGCUCUUCUCCAUCCACAACCUCAGCAACUACGGGACCACCUCCCAAGCUCUGUCUUGUUUGCUCUGACGAGGCCUCUGGGUGUCAUUAUGGUGUUCUUACUUGUGGCAGCUGCAAAGUGUUCUUCAAAAGAGCUGUGGAAGGGCAGCACAACUAUCUGUGCGCUGGGAGAAACGAUUGCAUUAUUGACAAAAUUCGGAGGAAAAACUGUCCAGCAUGCCGCUACCGGAAAUGUCUUCAAGCUGGCAUGAACCUCGAAGCUCGAAAAACAAAGAAGAAGAUAAAAGGAAUUCAGCAGACGAGCGCAACGGGAACACGGGAGGUUUCUGAAACGCCUGGAAACAAGAGCAUCGUCCCCGCGUCGCUGCCGCAGCUGACGCCGACGCUGGUUUCGCUGCUGGAGGUGAUCGAGCCCGAGGUGCUGUACUCGGGCUACGACAGCACCCUGCCCGACUCCAGCUGGCGCAUCCUCUCCACCCUCAACAUGCUGGGCGGGCGGCAGGUCGUGGCUGCGGUGAAGUGGGCAAAGGCAAUUCCAGGUUUCCGAAAUUUACAUCUGGAUGACCAAAUGACCCUUCUGCAGUACUCGUGGAUGUUCCUGAUGGCUUUUGCUUUGGGAUGGAGAUCAUAUAAACAAUCAAACGGAAAUCUCCUGUGCUUCGCACCAGAUCUGAUUAUUAACGAGCAGAGAAUGAACCUACCCUGUAUGUAUGAACAAUGCAAACAUAUGCUUAUGGUUGCCCGAGAGCUAUCACGGCUUCAAGUCUCAUAUGAAGAGUAUCUCUGCAUGAAAACGUUGCUUCUCCUCUCUACAAUUCCUAAGGAAGGCCUGAAGAGUCAAUCUUUGUUUGAAGAAAUUCGUAUGACGUACAUUAAAGAGCUGGGCAAGGCCAUAGUGAAGAGAGAAGGGAACUCGAGCCAGAACUGGCAGCGGUUUUAUCAGCUGACUAAACUGUUGGACUCUAUGCAUGAUGUGGUUGAAAAUCUUCUGAGCUUUUGCUUCCAGACGUUUUUGGAUAAAUCCAUGAGUAUUGAGUUCCCAGAAAUGUUGGCAGAAAUCAUCAGCAAUCAGAUACCAAAAUAUUCAAAUGGAAAUAUCAAGAAGCUCUUAUUUCAUCAAAAGUGACUGCCUUAAUACAAAAGGGUUGCCUUAAGAAAACAUCAAAUGAUAGCUUUUUUUUUUUUUUUUUGUAAAGAAAAAAAACCUACAGAACUUGUUAAUUUUGUCCUUGCAGCGGUGUUCCUUUUGUAAUUAUGCACUACAUGUGGUUUACAGAGGGCCAAGAUUUAGGCUAUAGAAGCAGCGGAUUUCUCACAUUUGGUAAAUAACUGGGGAGAAAGGAAAGGAAAAUAAAUCUUGCUUGUCAGAAAUUAUCUCUCCCCUCGUGCAACAUCCAUGGAUGCAUCAAAACCACCAGUGACAAGAUCUGAGGCUGUUACACGAACAUUCUGCUAAUUAAUUUCUGCAGUUGGCUGGAGACAUUUUUUUUUUUUUUUUUUUUUUUUAAAGUUAAGGUAGCGUUUUGGUUUAUGCAUGUAACCUGAAGAAAGUUUACAAGUGUAUAUCAGAAAAGGGAAGUUGUGCCUUUUAUAGCUAUUACUGUCUGGUUUUAGCAAUUUCCUUUAACUUUAUAUACCGUGAACUAGGCUUGUUCAUUUUUUCUUACAUAAUUUUUUUGUAAUACUUCAAGAUGCCUAUUGUACAGCUGGUUUUUUAAGGUGGGGCAGCUCGUAGCUUUCCUAAAUGACCUCUAGACAGUAAUCCUUGAGUAUAUGCGUGUGAAAAUGGGUUGGGCUUUUCUAACCUAAUAGCUUUGAACUUGUCAAAGUGACCAUAAAAGUUUGACAUUUUUUAAGGGCCGAGGUGGGUGGGAGAACACUCUCAAAUCUAAUUUAAGUAGAUGUGAAUGAAACAAAUACUUUUGGUAUAUGUGCAAAAGUGUUGGAUAUGCAGAUUCAAAGAAAAUUAACCCAGUCCUAACUGGAUGUAAAUGAGCAGGUUAUUUUAUAUAUUGAAGAAAAAAAAAAAAAAAAAGCCUGAUUUUUGCAUAUAAUGCAACAGCCAUAACUAUAAGAGUCAUGGGCUGCAUUGAUGCCAAGAAGAUCAGUCCUGACUGCCCAUCAGGAAAUUUUCAGGAAAAUAUGCAUAGCUUAAGAAAAGUUUACUUCUGUGUGGAGAAACUCACAUUUUCUAUACACUUAAAUCUAUCAUCAUACAAGUAUAUAUGGAAAAAUACCAUUGACUUGAGGCAGACAUGUAAUUACGCCCAGCGGUCUGGUUUUGUUCCGUUUCUUGUACCGAUUCUGGAGAUCUCUCCUCCGGCGCGAGCCCCGUCCCCACCGCGCGGAGCAGAGGCUGUACAGACCCUGUGCUCAGAGCCCCCUCCCCACCCGCCACCGCCUCGCUCCCCCUUUCCUGGAGAGCAGGAAAGCUCCGCUACUGAUCUUGUGGUCUUAGAGUCGUACGUCAAACUUUCUGUCUUUGUAAGGCUGCGUCCCUUCGUACGGAUUACUGCCGUGCCAUCGAACCCCCACAGGUCUCGUGGAUUUCUCCUCCUUGCCAUCGAUAACUAUAUUUUAAAACGUUUAGAAGCUGUAGUAGCCUUUUCUACGUGCACCUUAACAAUUUUCUGUAUCUCAAAAUUUAAAUAUUUACUAAGCCACUCUAAAAUUUGAUUUUUACGCAAAGUGGCCAGAUUAUUUGUGUAAUAGAAAAGAGAAAGAUCGUCUGAUAAAAUACAAAACCUAAUAUAUUUUUAUAUUUAGUUAUAGUUUCAAAUAUGUAUAAUCGGUAUAUUCGCUGAUCCGAGAAAAGAAGGGAAGGGCUACUGCAGCUUUAAAAGCAAUUUAUUAAAUGACUGUAAAAUAGCUUGUAUAGUGUAUAAUAAGGAUGAUUUUUAGAUGACAGAUCGCUUUAUCAUGAUACAUGUAAUUAUAUUUUUUGUAGGGGUCACAAAUACGCUGAAUGGUAACCCGUACAAGUUGUGGUUUGUCUGGAGGUAGUGCUGACGGCAUCGGUGUUUAGUAUCCAAAGAAGUUCUCUGUUUGGAAAGGAAAACCUGUGUUCAGUGGGUGCUUUUAGGGUGGGUUUUCAGUUUAUCGAAUCACUGUGUCAGAAGGCGAGUUGGAUGGAAUACUCCUAUCUGUAUGGCCGCUCACACCCGCGAGCCGCCGCUCAGCCGGACUCCGCUGCAAAAAAUGCAACCGGGCAAGAGGCGUGUGCGCAGGCGCCCCUGCGGCUGGGACACACGCCGUUGGCUUCAGAUGCAGCCUCGCCUGCCACAGCAAAAAUUUGGCAAUAAUAGGCAUACAGGUACCAGCAAUAUGUAAAUACCGAGCGUAGGUUGUUCACAAUACACUAGUGCGUUUCUAUUGUUCAGCAAAAGUUUUGUUUCCAAGUGAAAUGAGAAAACUAAAUUUUCAUCCUUUCUUAAAUCUCUUUUUUGAAUGUUAUACCUAUUAAGAAAAAAGAUACUAUAUUCAGUACUUUGGAGUAAAAUAUCAUCUUUAAUAAAAAAAAAAGGUAAUCAUUCUCUUCUCUUUGAUCUGUAAAGAGUAUGUACAUUUUGUAACAGUUAAGCUAAAGUUCAGUAUUUUAAUGAUAACUUUCAACCCAACCCAAUGAAAAUACUGACGCGACCCGUUUGAGAUACAGAUAGGAGUUUCGUGCUCUGUGGUUCCAGGUGGGCUCUUCACUUAAAAGAAAACUGUUUUUACUUCAGCGAAUGUUUUUAAAAAAUUGCAUCCCCGGAUACCUCAAUCUGAGUUUGCGUGACGGGGCGGGUGCGUGCGCGUCGGCAAGCGUUUGUGCGUUUGUAUGCACAAAAAUACAAAACUUUCGGGGUUUUUUUUUGCCAGCAGAAAAGUAACUACAGUGAACGCGAACAAAUUAUCACCACCCUGAGAGGAUUGAUACCGUAGGAGAAGAGAGGCUCUCUACCCCCUUUUUGUCUAUAUGCCUGUAUAUUCAUUUUUAGUUUAUGGAUUUAAGGAGAAAAA